CAUUGCUGGACUCACGAACGCUGAAGAAUAAAGACUCACGGUUGUACUCAGACAAAGGAGAUAAGUUUUAUUCAUACUUAUUGACAUUAUUAUUAAGACACUUAUCUACUUUGAUAUUUACGCGUUGGUUAAUAAAUUGUUUGAUCAAAACAACAAAAUGGCGAGCUUGCGGGGAUGUGUAAUCCAUUUUAAAGGUGAAAAUGGUCCAUUGACUGAUUUUACCGAGACAUCUUUGAAAAAAGUUUUACAUUGUCACGACCUUUGGUUACUAUACAAUGGUGAGCAGAAAGACAUCGCUGAAAAGAACAAAAAUUUGAUGAAAAAAAUUCAGUCCAUGAAAAGUCCUUUGGCUGAGUACCUUGGAGAGUUAAAGUACCAUAGAAAUUGCUAUGCAAAGUUCACCAAUGUCGGCCUGAUUAGACGGGCUGAAAAAAGAAUGAGCAAAAAGUUUGAAGCUUCAACAGCCACUGUCAAUGAAAACUAUGUACAAGAAAAUAAGUCGACAGAUGUAAAUGAGCCUCACACGAAACUGCUACGAUCAUCCUCGUUUUGUCAUAACAGUCCUAAACCUCCGAUAAGAACUAAAGCAGUUUUGCCAUCAAUAUGCAUAAUAUGCAAGCAAGAAAAGUCCUUCGUCACUCAAUCGGGAACUAGAAAACGAGUUCUAGACAAACUAAUUACCGCAGAAACGAAAGAUGGCGGAAAACUACGUGAAGCUGCAACCAGGAAAGAGGACCGAAGAAUUCUGGUCCACAUAUUAGACAAGGAAUGUAAUGCUCUGGAAGUAAAGUAUCAUAGUAAAUGCUACAAAAGCUACACGUCAUUUCUUUAUAAUACUACUUGUGCAAAAAAGUCAAAUGAAAGUAGUUCUGGUCGCAAAUGCUUAUAUGAAGAGUCAUUCGCAGAUUUUUGCAAAUUUAUCAAGAAAGCAAUCAUAGAAAAUCAUGAAAUCUAUUACAUGAAUAUUCUUAAAGAUAAGUUUGUCAAAACAGUUAGAUGCUUCGAGAAUGUCGAUGCUUCAAGCUAUAAGACUUCACAAUUGAAGGAACGUGUGCUAGACAGGUUUCCCCAGCUUGUAUUCUUUACUCCGAAAGUCCGCAAUGAGAAGGAAAUAGUGUAUGCUGAAGACCUGUGUAAAGGUGAUAUGGCAGGAAGGUUUCUUAGCAAUGACGACGAGACUGACGCUACCGAAGAUGGAUUAGAGAUAAGUGACGAAGAUGUCACAUCGAAGCCAGUUCAUUCCAAAUCAGUGUCACUGCAAAAUCUCUACAUGGUUGCCUUAGAGCUAAGACGUAACAUCCGGGACUACCCUUCUUUAUGGUAUGAGCAUUGGCCACCAUUGUCUUCCGAUCUAUCCGAGGACAAUGUUAAAAAAGUUGGUUCUCCGUUGCUGUACAAUUUCAUGGCAUGGGUGCUUGGCUUUUCAGAAGAGCCAGAAGAAAGCACAAACUACAUAAAUAUUGAAGAAAGCUCCAAAACGAAGUUACUUUCUCUAUGCCAAGAUAUGGUCUACAAUUGA